GAGAGAGGUGAUAGAUGUGGACUCCAGAUAUUAUCUGGUAGGUGGAGACUACCCAAGGUGCAGCAAAUGCAUGAUCCCUGUCUGCCCUUGGAGUAGUGAGAUCUUGCAGCAGCUGGAUCCCUCCCACCGUAACAAGUUUCCUGCUGUCCUAACGACACAGCAGGCACUGGACAGGAAGUGUGUCACAAUGUUGCGACCACGCACGGUAGGGAACAGCUCCAGCUACUCGCAACAGGUCUUGCAGGAGGUGCACAGCGAGGAGUGGGCGAGGCGUACUAUAGACUACCUCACUGAUUGUGAGGUCCAUAAAAAGUCGUGCGUCCUCACCCAGUCCGAACCUGUAUAUCAACAGCCACCCACCUUCAGUCGUCUGCCCCUGGCUCAGUGGUUUGAAACCGUCCACACGAAUGAGGUUCUUGGCCACCUGGAGGAGUUGAACGGUGUUAUAACAUCAACUUAUGGCAGAAUCUUAAAGCUGGACUCCACCAAGAAGAUCACUAAAAAGCUGGCAGGUGGCAUUGAGAACACGGCCACGUGGAUGAGCAACAUCGGCAAUGAACUUGGCCAAGUUCUCAACUCAGUGCUGACCACUGGUGAGGGGGCUGGCCUUGAUGACCUGUGCCAAGGCGUUGUCCGGAGGUACAGGGAUGCUGGUGAGCCAGAGCCAGAUGCCAUACAUGGACAGGGACUGCUGCAGUGA